AUGCCGAAUGCACAGCUCGAUGUCGCGUCGUAUCGGGUUGGCAUCCUGUGUGCCCUUUCUCACGAACGAGCCGCGGUGGAGGCAGCGCUCGACGAAGAACACGAAUGGCCCAAAGAUUACAAUGAGGACGACGGAAAUGUUUACUCGUUUGGAAAGAUUGGCGAACACAAUGUGGUGAUAGCAAGCCUUCCGGAAGUCAGACUCCUGGUCGGUAUCGGAGGCGGUGUACCAAGCAAGCAGCAUGAUAUUCGCCUGGGAGAUGUUGUCUUUAGCCAGCCAUCUGGUGAUCAUGGCGGUGUCAUAUACGCCUUAUCAGCUCUCAAGGCACGCCAUGGGAACCCCAAGCGGAGCAAAGUUGGCGAGCAUCUGGCUAAGAUCACCGAAGAGCUGAGCGAGCGAUAUGGCUAUCAAGGAGCCGAGAACGACGACCUGUUUCCACCAGAUUAUGCCCAUGUUGCCGGCUCUGAGCCUUGCCAUAAUACCAAUCCGUUUCGAAGGUGCGAUAUAAAGAGACACAUCAAACGAGAAGUACGCUCAAAUCCUGGGUCGCCACGGCUGCAUUACGGCAAUAUUGCGUCUGGCGACGAAGUUAUCAAGAAUGGCCUCGAACGUGACCGCAUUGCAAGCGGCCUCGGCGCUCUGUGUUUCGAGAUGGAGGCCGCAGGUCUAGAGGACAGUUUCCCGUGCUUGGUCGUACGGGGAAUCUGCGACUACUCUGAUUCUCACAAGAACAAAGACUGGCAGCGAUAUGCUGCCGCGACCGCUGCAGCUUUUGCCAGAGAAUUUCUGAGCUUCGUACGAGUUCAAACUGCUGACGAUCCAACAUCGAAGCAGCGUGGCCAAGCACAUUUCGGUCAUGUAUUCAACUUCGGCACGUCAUGA